AUGGACCUCGACGAGGCAAUGCCACCCGACCAACAGGUCGUUGUGCAGGGAGGCGCCGGGCACGCUGACGCCGGCCAAGACGACGCCGAGCUGAACGUCGUCGUCCUGCGCCACCUCGAGCGCCUGGGCUUCACGCAGGCCGCGCAAGCGCUGCACGCGGAGGCGGCGCCACGCGGCCUCCUCCCGGCGCGCCUCGACAUUCUGGGCGGCUCGCACCCCGUGCCGCUCGCGGACGUCUCGACGCGGUACGCGCACGUCCCCACGGACCUCCUGAGCAAGGUGUUCCGCGCGGCAGGGGCGCAGGCGCGGCCCGCCGGCGGCGACGACACGCAGGUGGCGACGGUGUUGGGGCCCGGGCAGCACGAACGUCGCGCGGAUCGGCCGCGGACGGGCGCGCACGCGCUGACGUGGGCGGCGCGGCGGCGGACGGGGCAGACGCGGCCGCGGCGGCCGCUGGAGACGGCGAUGUCGGUCCAGCGGCUGGCGCGUGCCAUGUACCACCACGGCACCUUCCGGGGCCACAUCCAGCCGGCGUACUGCGUGGCGUGCACCCCGGACGGGCGGUACAUCAUUACAGGGAGCGACGAUACGCGCGUGAAGGUGUGGUGCGCGCGCACGGGGCUUCUGCUGUGCACGUGUCGCGGCCACGUGUCCGAGAUCAAUGACGUCGCGGUGUCGUGCGACUCUCGGCACUUCGCGUCCGGCGGCGAGGACGGCAUCCUGCGCAUAUGGGCGCUCACGGACGACCUGAAACAGAUCGGGACGCAGGUGGGGUUCAUGAUGUUCGACGAGGCGAUCACGUUCGUCACGUUCCACCCGACGAUCCCCUGGGCCGUCCUGGUGUCGAGCAGCGACGGCACCUUCGUCGUGGCGGACAUCGAGGACCUGCGCGCAGGAAAGACCCCCCCCCGCCUGCGCCCCGAGGAACACUUCAGCCCAUCGGGCCGCCCGCUCGCGGGCGGCGGCCCGGGCCCUGCGGCCGCGAGCGCGGCCCGCCAGGACCCCCCGCAGGGCGCUGGUGCGGGCCCAAGUGACGAGCCUCGCAUCGGUCGGCUGCGCAUCCGCCUGGGCCCACGGGGCUCCCGCUUGGCCACGCGGCACGCCGAGGCGCCGCAGCAGCAGGCGCAGGAGGAGCAGCAGCCCAGGCAGGCACCGCAGCUGCAGCAGCGGGACUCCCAGAGGGAUGGGGCUGGGGAGGACGACGAAGGAGAGCACAGGCUUGGGGGGGGGGUUCGGUACUGCGCGUGGUCGCCGGACGGCUCGCUGCUGUCGCUUGCGUGCGCGAGUGGCAUGGCGUACCUGUUCUCGUGGUCGCCGCGCGACGGUGGAGGCUCGGACGGAAUCGGGCGCUGCCUGGCGCCGCAGCCGGUCGCGCUGCUGACGCACGACGCGCACGUGGGGCUCACGCGUUUCAGUCCGGACGGGCAGAUGGUGGCCACGGCGACAUACGACGGCUGCGUGCACCUGUGGCGGCAGGCCGGCGGCGGCAGCGGGGUGUUUUGGCGCAGGAUGCAUACGCUGCGAUGCGAGCUCGACGCGGAGUGGCUGAAGCAGGAGCGCCGGCGGCACCGCCGGUACGAGACGCGCCGCGAGGUCCACCAGAUCGACUUCUCCGUGGAUUCUCGGACCGUCGUCGCGUCGUCCGUGGACAACGCAGUGCGCGUGUGGCAGGUCGCCUCCGGCGCGCAGCUCCACGCCCUGCCCGGCCACGAGUCCGCCGUGCACGUCCUCGAGACCCACCCGGAGCACCCGCACCUGCUGAUGACGGCGUCCUACGAUGGCAGCGCCGCCCUGUGGGACAUCAGCGCGGGGCGGCGCAUCGACUUCUUGGACCUGCUGCAGACGCAGCCGGGCGGCGGUAUCGACGCGAUCCAGGUCCUCGACGGGCACUGGGCGCCCGACGGGGCCGGCUUCGUGCUGACGGACGCGGCUGGCCAGCUGCACUUUUGGGGCGUGGGUGCGGGCCACGCACUGCACCUCUCGCAGUACGAUCAGUUCUUUGCGAACGAGGGCAGGGCGCUGCAGAUGACGGACAGCGGCGUGGCGCGGUGGUCGCUGCACGAGACCGACACCACGUUCCGGAUAGGCGCUGCGGUGCUGCAGGACAUCAUGCAGACCUCCUACGACGAGCCGUACCAGUCGCUGUACCGGCAGCGCCACCUGCACGCGCGCCUGCCGGCGUCUGAGCGCAACGACGGACCUCUGCGCCCGACGGGAUCGGUCACCGAGUGCCCUCCGGUGCUCACAGCAGCCAUCUGGCACGCGCAGUACCGCGGGGGCGACGAGCGCGCACAGAAUCGCGCGAUGAACGGCGCGAUGGACCGCCACCUGCAGUACAUCGCCCAGGUGCACAUGCGCGACGCUGGCGGCGGGGCCGCCCGGCCGGGCCGCGGGGGGCGAGGGGGCCGCGGGGGCCGCGGGCGCGGGCGCGACAGCAUCGGCAAUGCCGCGCUGCGCGGCCGGCUCCAGAACAUGGCCCCCGAGUACUACACGGCAAGUCUCGCGCAGGGAGUGGCGGGGCUUGCCGACCGUGGGCGCCGGCCCGUCAGCACGCGCGCGGACCUGGCCCCGCCCGACGCGAUGGCAUGCUGGCCGUCGAGCGGCGCGGCUGCGCAGGACGCGGGCUCGCCGGCGCGCGACCCCCGCGGGCGUCAUGCUGUCGCGCGCAUGCCUGCCAGCCUGCGGUUCGGCCCCGUGGCGGCGGCCGCGGCGGCGCGGGCCGCGAGCGGCGGCGCAGGGGCCGGCGCUGUGCCUAGCGAGCACGCGCCCGUGGCCGUUCCGGCUGCCGACUUGGUGGUGUCGUCAGACAGCGACCAGGACGCGGACCCGGACUUUUCGGACCAGCUGGACGCAGCGCAGGCGCAGGAGGCGGCAGAGGAGCAGCUGGACGACGGAGCGUUUGACUGGAGCGAUUGGGACGAGGAGGACGACGACGACGACGAGUACGGCGCGCGAGUCGCGCGGCAGGGUCCCGACAGGGAGACGCGGCGCGCGACGCGGCAGGGCCGCGCCAGCCGCAGGGGCGGCGACCACUUUGUGCGGCGGUCGACGCGGCUGCGCCACGGGGACGGGGAGGACCGCGCGCGGCUCGUCGAUCACAGCAGCGAGGAUUCGGAAGCCGACGCAUGGCCCGACGAGGAGGUGUGGUCCCAGCCGACGGAGACGCGAGCCGAGCGCGCGGCGCGGCGCGCGCAGGCCGCCGCGCGUCGCCCGCCGCCGGCGUCCCCGCGCGCCGCCAAGCGGCCCCGGCGCGAGCCUGAGCGCCUGCGGGAGCGCUCGGAUGGUCUGGACCUCCCCAGACCGCUCGAGUGCUACCGCUGGCUCGCGCGCGAGACCCCCGCGGGGCCGAUCUACCUUCCCCAGCGCGGCGACCGCGUCCUGUACUUCGCGGAGGGCCACCUGACCAUGGCCGACAACUACAAGAGCGGGGCAGGCAGCCUGAUGCUUCCCUGGGAGCAGAUGGGGCUGCCGCUGCGGGGCCACGCCGCGAUCCGCCGCCGCUUGGACCUCAGGCAGCAGGCGCGCGCGGCCGCGGAGGAGGAGGCCGUGCUGCGCGACCUGGACGAGCAGACGGGGAUGAGCGAAGGGCGGCGGGCGGCGCGGGGCGGCGCGCGCGGCACGGCGCGUUCGCGGCGCGGCGCGGAGGGCAGCGACGCCGCGGACGACGACGUGCGCGGGAUGCUGCCCGUGGAGCGCUGCGAGGUGCUGUCGUGGGAGCCGUUCGUUGCGCGUGGCAAGUUCCGGCGCACUUGGGCCGAGGUGUCGCUCCGCAUCGACAACCCUGCGUCGCCCGCACACGGCUGGACGUUCGGCGUGCACGUUCCGCACCCGUCCGAGGGCAGCCCGGACUUCCUCGUCCUCGAGCGGCGCUUCCAGGCGGCGACGGCGCAUGCGCUCCACGUGGGCGACUUCGUGACGGCGUAUUUCCCGGACCCGCCCGAGGGCAGCACCGACCCGCUCGAGGGCACGUGGUGGGAGGGCGUCGUGGUCGGCCGCCGCGAGGACGAUGCCGUGGGCGGCACACCGGAGUCCGCCACGUGGGAGCAGUAUCGCGUGGCCUUCAACAAUGACGACCCCGAGCUCGUCCGAAAGCAGCGCACCUCGGGCCGGAAUCUUCGUGGCGGGCGCAAGCUCGACAUGUACUACGGGCCAGGAUGGGACAUCAAUGACAUGUCUCCGUGGGAGCUGUUCCCAGCCGAGCUAGUCGCGGGCGCGGGCGGUGCAGGGCCGUCGUCGCACGGGGCGCAGGACGCCGGGUGCGUCGCGCCCGACCUCGCGGCGGAGCGCCUCCCCGGGAUUGACGCCGAGGUGCGCAGGCGGUUGACUCGGGAGCUGGGCAGACUGGUGUCGGGCGAGGUGGAGGGCGCGGCCGUCGCGGACUUCGUGCCGGACCCCAGCACCGUCGGAGCCGGCAUCUUCCCUUCCGAGCAGCUGCAAGGGUCGCACGUUCCCUACAACCAGACCGUCGCGCUGCCGCUCGGGCUGCAGACCAUCCACGGCCGCGUCGUCCACGGGUUCUACCGCAGCGUCGCGGCCUUCGUCGACGACGCGAACCGCCUCGCGCGCAACGCAGAGGCCUUCCACGGGCCCUCCUCCACCGUGGCCUCCACGGCGCGCCGCCUGGCGCGCUUCCUCCGCGACCUCGCCCUCAACGACGAGCCCUUUCUGCCCCGCGGGCCCGACUGGCUCGCGGAGGUGCCCGACGAUGGCCACGAUGAGCAUGCUGCUCCCGACCACAGGGAACGCGGGCGCCGCGACGCAGCGGGCGGACGCGGCACGCGUGCUCGCCGUGGCGCGGCUGCCGGUCGCGCUGCAUCUGGGAGCGACGCGGACGAGCAGGACGGGUCCUCGGAGCACGAAGAGUGGCGUGUCGACGCCGACGAUGGUGGAGCGGGGAUCGCGGAUACCGAGAGCGAGGAAGGCCCGGAUCUCCUCUCUUUCUCGAGUGAAGAGCGCGUGGCGAGGCCGCGCCCGAGACGUGGGCGCCGACAGCGGUCGCCCAUCACUGACAGCGAAGCGGAGGACGAUGCCAGCGAAGAUAGCGAGGACCUUUUCGACGACGACGUGCCGUCGCGGCGCGGAGCCGGACGCGGACGCGGGCGCGGGCGCGGGCGCGGGCGCGGCCGGGCUCGGCGCCGCGCGGACUCUCCUGCGGCGAGGAGUCAAAACGCCGGCCCGCCGCCCUACCGGUCGGCCCGCAGAGCAAGCGGGGCGCACCGUCCGGGGAGGCUGGACGCACUCACUGUGCCUGGAGCGGAGCCUGUCGUCGGCCGCCUGCGGAUCCGGCGGCUGCCGGCGCAGCCGCAGUGA